AUGAGGAUUAAGUAUUAUGCACUUAGAGAAGCUGAGCAAGAGAAAGAAGUGAAGCUGAUUCAUUGUCCUACUGAGUUCCAGCUCGCUGACAUUUUGACCAAGGCUUUACCAAAAAGCAGAUUUGAGUUUCUCAGACUCAAGCUUGGUAUGAUGGCGAAAAGUCUCAAGGAGGAGUAUGUGAAAUCAGGUAGAGUAAUGGGCAGAGGUGCAUUGAGUUAUGUAUUUAGAGGUAGAGUUGGGUUUUUGAGAACAGCAGUGGCAGUAAAGAGGUUAGAUAAAGAAGAUAAGGAGAAUACCAAGGCUUUUUGUAGAGAGUUGAUGAUUGUAAGUUCUCUUGAACGUCCAAACGUUGUUCCUCUUUUGGGAUUUUGUAUUGAUCCAGAGGAAGGCCUGUUCUUGGUUUACAAAUAUGUGUCCAGUGGAAGCCUAGAGCGACAUUUGCACGGUAAGAAGAAGAGUGGGAAGGGUUUCGCGUCGCUUUCAUGGUCUGCAAGGUAUAAGGUUGCUGUAGGAAUUGCAGAAGCUAUUGCAUAUCUACAUAAUGGAACUGAAAAAUGUAUUGUUCAUAGAGAUAUAAAUCCCUCCAAUAUUUUUCUAUCUUCCAAGAAAAGGCCAAAGCUAUGUGAUUUCGGAUUAGCAACAUGGACUGCAGCACCAUCAGUCCCUUUCCUUUGCAAAACUGUGAAAGGAACAUUUAAAUAUUUGGCUCCUGAGUACUUCCAACACGGGAAGGUAACCGAUAAAACUGAUGUUUAUGCCUUUGGAGUUGUCCUUUUAGAGUUUAUAACAGGCCGAAAACCAAUAGAAUCAUCAAGGCCAUCCGGAGAAGAGAACCUGGUUCAAUGGGUAUGUGACAUUACCUUGCCAAUACUGUUAUGUGAUAGACAAGAAAGAGCACUUAAUGUGAGAUUUCCAUGUCCAGGACAAAUGAUAGUUCCAAUUGCUGAACUACAGAACAAAAAGGUAGCGGAUAGAUAA